CAAGAGUGCUGUUCCUGAGUGCAUUGUGACAUCAUCAUUGGUCCUUUCUCCAUCCAAGCUCCCACCCGUCCCGUCCUCUCCUCCCGUACCUCCCCGCAAUCGAGGAACCAACCAUUUUAAUUCCGUCACCUUCUAUAAUCAAUCACUUUAGCUAAGGUAUCGACAAUCUUCUUUCCCACCUGCUACAGAACAAGCCCUGCGCACACUCUUAGCAAUUGUCAUUCUAAUUCAUUCAUCAUGACGACUAUGCCCGCAUCUCACGGCCACAACGAGGCCUGCUGCAACAUACCUCCUGUUGUAUCCAAGGGAUAUGAGGCAAAGGGAACCUAUAAGGAGAUCGGAGGCUACAAGACUUAUGUCACUGGCCCCGUCGACGCUAAGAAGGCCAUUGUCGUCAUCUACGACAUCUUUGGAUACUUCGAUCAGACCCUUCAGGGGGCUGACAUCCUCGCCUUCAGUGAUGCUCACCACAAGUACAAGGUCUUUAUCCCUGACUGGUUCAAGGGCAGCCCCUGCCCCAUUGAGAUCUACCCUCCCGACAACGACGAUAAGAAGAAGCAGCUUGGAGACUUCUUCGGCACCUACCCUCCCCCCAAGGUCGCCGGCCAAGUUCCUGACUAUGUAAAGGCUGUCAAGGGCCAGGACUCUUCCAUCGAGAAGUUCGGAAUUCUCGGAUAUUGCUGGGGUGGCAAGGUCGUUGCUCUCAGCGUCAAGGCUGACUCCAACCCCUUCUCCAUUGCUGCCCAGAUCCACCCCGCCAUGGUAGAUGCUUCUGAUGCCGAGGGCCUUUCGGUCCCUACCAUGCUUCUGGCAUCCAAGGAGGAGCCCGAUGAUGAGGUCAAGAAGUUUGAGGACAACCUCAAAGUGCCCAAGCACGUAGAGACCUUUAAGGACCAGAUCCACGGCUGGAUGGCCGCUCGUGCCGAUCUCAGUGACAACCGUGUCAAGGAGGAGUACGAGAGGGGUUACAAGACAGUUCUUGAGUUCUUCGGCAAGAACUUUUAAAGAUAGAAAUGUGAAGUCUGUCUAUCGAGAGAUGCAUAUAACUAGCCUAUGAGAAAUGACCAAAGAAGACAAAAACACUCUUGUCCAACAAUUGCGCUUACAUUUCUCAUUAUUCAUAAAACGUUCUAUAAUCAUGAUUUAGGUGCCUUUUCACCAAAUUCCAAUACUUCCUCC